AUGCCGCCCACCUCCACCGCCCUCCCUUCCGCUCGUCGUGAUCAGAUACAUAUACCCUCUCAUGCCCGCCUCUCCAGCUCUUCUUCUUCUACCCAAGCUCAAGUUCAGCAGUCAGACUUCUAUAAGCAGCAGGCCUUGAAGCAAGAUCACUCCAACUACCACUCUACCUCUCUCAAAAUGGUCAUGCCGUCGGUUAACAGGACGAGCCUGCACCCAACUGGUGUCCAGCCGUCCCAUCCACACACUGAAAUCGAGGAGGAACUCCACGAGACCGCCCACAUCGACUACGACAGAGUUGCUAUUAUUGCCAACCCUUCUGUUGCCUCCCUCUACGAAGAUGCCCUUGUCUACGAGACCGGAACCGCCAUCACCUGCAGCGGUGCCCUCACAGCCUACUCUGGUGCCAAAACCGGCCGCUCUCCUCUAGAUAAGCGUAUUGUCAAGGAAGAAUCGUCUUCAAAGGACAUCUGGUGGGGUCCUGUUAACAAGCCCAUGAGCCCUGAGGUAUGGAGAAUUAACCGCGAGCGUGCUGUUGACUACCUCAACACCCGCAACCGUAUCUACGUCGUCGAUGGUUUCGCCGGCUGGGACGAGCGCUACCGCAUCAAUGUUCGUGUUGUCUGCGCCCGUGCCUACCAUGCUCUUUUCAUGCGCAACAUGCUUAUCCGACCAUCUCGGGCCGAACUCGAGCACUUCCACCCCGACUACGUUAUCUACAACGCCGGUUCUUUCCCAGCCAACAGAUGGACCGAGGGAAUGACCAGUGCCACAUCCGUCGCUAUCAACUUCGCCGAGAAGGAGAUGGUCAUCCUUGGAACUGAGUAUGCCGGUGAGAUGAAGAAGGGUGUCUUCACUGUUCUCUUCUACGAGAUGCCAGUCAAGCACAACGUUCUUACCCUUCACUCCUCCGCCAACCAGGGUAAGGACGGUGAUGUUACCGUUUUCUUCGGUUUGUCUGGAACCGGAAAGACCACUCUAUCCGCUGACCCCAAGCGUGCCCUCAUCGGCGAUGAUGAGCACUGCUGGACUGACACCGGUGUCUUCAACAUUGAGGGUGGCUGCUAUGCCAAGUGUAUCGGCCUCUCUGCCGAGAAGGAGCCGGAUAUUUUCAACGCCAUCCGCUUCGGCUCAGUUCUCGAGAACGUCGUCUUUAACCCAGAGACCCGUACCGUCGACUACGAUGACUCCACCCUCACCGAAAACACCCGCUGUGCUUAUCCAAUUGAGUACAUUGACAACGCCAAGAUCCCAUGUGUCUCUGAUGGCCACCCUAAAAAUAUCAUCCUCCUCACCUGUGAUGCUCGUGGUGUCCUCCCACCAAUCUCCAAGCUCACCACUGAACAGACCAUGUUCCAUUUCAUCUCUGGUUACACCUCCAAGAUGGCUGGUACAGAAGAUGGUGUCACCGAGCCACAGGCCACCUUCUCUUCUUGCUUCGCUCAGCCCUUCCUUGCCCUCCACCCAAUGCGUUAUGCCCGCAUGCUCGCUGACAAGAUCAAGGAGCACUCCGCCAAUGCCUGGCUCCUCAACACCGGCUGGGUCGGUGCUGGUGCCACCACCGGCGGCAAGCGUUGCCCACUCAAAUAUACCCGUGCCAUCCUUGACGCCAUCCACUCUGGUGAGCUCGCCAAGGCUGAGUAUGAGGUAUACGACACCUUUAACCUCCAUAUUCCAACUUCCUGCCCUGGCGUUCCUUCUGAGCUUCUUAACCCUAAGACUUCCUGGACUGGUUCCGCCGACUUUAAGGAGGAGGUGACCAAGCUCGGUGUUCUCUUCAAUGACAACUUUAAGAAAUAUGCCGAUGAGGCCACCCCCGAGGUCAUUGCCGCCGGUCCUACUACCACUGUCGCCAAGGUUGAGGAGGCUAUCAAGCCUGCUGUUGGCGCCGUUGAGAAUGUUGUUGAGCAGGUCAAAGCUGCCGUUACUGAGCCAGAGAAGGUUCUCAACGGCAAUGCCCCUACCAGCUAA